AUGGAUUUCAUCAAGACCAGUUCCCUGCGUGCUCUGAUUGAGUUAACUUUCCAACGCAAGUGGAACGGCCUCAUUUGGAUGAGUAGAAAAGGAGUUAUAGCCAAAAGAGUGAAGACUGUCCAGACGGCUUAUCGAGAACCGCGGCCAAGCCGUGCAGAACGGCCGGCCGAGGAACGAAUGUUCCGCGGUCGGCCAAAGUCCAAACCAUCCGUCCAAACCUCGAUCCGGGAAACAAUGUCCCGCGGUCGGCCAAGCACAACGUCACCAAUGCCGCGCACGACCAUGCCGCGCGAGCCGGGAAGCAACGCCUCGCGGCCGCGACUUCUCACGUACCACGGCCGAUGCGCCGUCCGACCGGGAAAGCCGCCCACGUCCGGCCGAGAAACAUCGGCCAAUCUUCAUCCGCCGACCACAGCCGGCCGACCGAAACAUCCGGCCACGACCGUUCCGAUCGGCCAGACCCGAUGUCCGGCCGAUCGUCCCGACCGACCGUCCGAACGCCGCGGUCGACCCGAAGCCGUUUUUGAAGCCCAAUCCGCACAAUUCAAGCCCAAAGCCGGCGCCGACUAG